ACUGGACUCUGUGAAGGGAAUAGCCUUCUUCUAAGUAGUUAUUCGCUUGGAUUUUAUUGUGAGAAAAAAGAUUUUUUUUCCCUUGAAACUUGAGAGAAGCUGUGCUACUAUUGUUAACUAUUACUGAAACUAUACCAGAAAGAGAAGUAAAAUUUCCUGAAUUAGUUCUAGAUAUACAAUAAGACGUUAUAUAUUUAUAACAUAAGAAUAGGAUAUUAUGCAAAAGAGUGACUUGAAAACUAGAAAGAACUUCUAGAAAUCAAAAAUAUGAUAGCAGAGGUUUAAAAAAUCAGAAGAAAGAGUGGAAGCUAAAGCUUAUAAAGUAUCUCAGGUGUAAAACCAAAAAAGGUGGAGAUGAUCUUAAUAAAGUAAAAGACUAAGAAAGAGGAAUUGAGAUUCAAACACUGGGACCCCAAUUAUUCAGCAAGGUGGCAAAAGAACAUUGAAAAAAAAAGGAAAUACAGGAACAUGAAAAAUUAUACAAACAAGAAAAUAAUCAAGUAGCAAAUGUAGGUAUAUUAGAGACAUGUGUAAGAAAGAAAAUAUAUUUUGUUUAAUUCUGUAGUGUGAGAUACUUGUUUAGUUAUAAUAACAAUAUAGUGACUAUUUUAUAAACAUUUAAUAUAGCAUACUAAACCAGGAAGUUAGUAAUGGGAGGAAUAGAGGUAGUAUAAGAGAAAAUUUUCAACCUCCAUAACAGGAUGUCAAAAGCAAAUGUCUAUAAUAUUUAUUUCAAGAAAUAGUGGCAAAGAUACAUUUCUUAGAUAUACGGAGAUAAUGACAUGACAUUGGUUCGUCCCAGCCAGGAGAAGGACCUGAAAUGAAAUUGAGGGUUUCUAUUUUUCUUUAUGGGCUCUUAGUGCACUCUGAUGAAAAAGAAGAAAACAAAACAAAACAAAAAUAACACCUCUUUGAAUGUAUUAAUCUAAUAAAAAGUUUAAAGAAACAAAAAAAAUAGCUCAUUCUAGUUACUUAUUGUAUUUCUUCUUUUAGCUUCUUAAGAACAUGCAAUUAAGCAGAAUGAGGAUGGAGCACAUGUCUACUGUGUUCUGCGAUGUGCAAAGUCUGGGUAAAAUAAAUGCAUUAUGCAUGCUACUUUAUUUAAUUUGGUGUCGAGGCCCUUUGUUGCUACUCCACUUUAAAAUUUAUGUUUCUUGUUAUACAUGGGAAGACUCUCUAGAUAAAAAUACGGAACUUCUCUUCUUGAGGGCCUGGGAAUGACACUUUAUGCAAGUCAGGAAGGAGAAGGAGAGGCUCCCUCAGGCUGGGAGCUGUUCCUCUCCUAUAGGCGAUGGGAAACAUCUUUACAGAACCUCAGAACACCUUACCCAGUUGUUAUGGUGCUUGAAAUAGUCUGAGUUUUUUAGAACACAAGACUAAAUCAAACGUAAAUAAGGAAAAGGUACAGAAUCAUAACAGUUAGUAUCUGCUAAUUGGCAGGCACAUCUGCUAAUUAGGCAUUUUAUUUUUGUAUAAUCAAAAAAUUUUGAGAGAAAUGUUAUAAAUCCUCACCCUACAGAUGAAGAUCUUUUUUUUUUUUCAGAUGAAGAUCUUAAGUGAUUUUCCAAAAGGUAUUAGAGAUGAGACAAAGGUUCAGAUUUGUUUGACUAAAAUCACUUUUUAUUCUAUCUUGUUAACAACCUAGAUAUACUAUAACAGAAAUACUUUCAGAAAAAUAUAAAUAAUUUAAUGUUCACUAACAAAUUUUUUUUUUUGCAUUAUUAUUGCCUAAAAGUGUGUGAGUGAUUUAGCUGUUUGGAUUGGUUAAGCCCUUAAGUUCUGGAGUGUGUUUCCUUUCACCAGUAUGAUGGCAUUAUAUAGGAAGAGAGGAUUUCAUGAGGUCUCAACAUGAAAUAAAUUUGAUCUGCGAAGACAGAAUGUUAUUUCAUCUUCAGUUCUUUCAGCUCUUAUGAUCGAAAGAAACAUGGCAGAAAUCACCGUCUAGAUAGUCUGUAAGUUUUACUAACGUCCUUAGGGAAAAAAGUAGGAGACUUAAGCUCAAAAGCUAAAGGCAAGUAUUAAGAUAGAACUUAGUAAAAUUAUUUUGUAAACAUUUUAUAUUUUAGAGUUAUUGUCUAUUCCCUGCAAUUUCAGCAGUGAUCUUUUUAUGUUUUUUGAAAAUAUAAUGAUUUCAACAAGAAAUUCAGUAACUGAUGCUACUUUGUGGCAUGUAUGGAUUUCGGAAAGAAAGAGCUUGUGAAAGAGGUACAGAGCCAUCGUCAACCCCAUGGACAUGCAGACGUCCGGGGCGGUGCUGUGCACCUGCGCGAAGGCGGUGGGCAUCUGGGUGCUCUCGGUGCUGCUGGCCGUUCCCGAAGCCGUGUUUUCCGAAGUGAAGCGCAUUGAUAGUUUGGAAAAUGGCAACUUCACGGCGUGUAUACCCUACCCUCAGACGGAUGAAUUACACCCAAAGAUUCACUCAGUGCUCAUCUUCUUGGUUUAUUUCCUCAUACCACUGGCUAUUAUUAGCGUUUAUUAUUAUCAUAUUGCAAAGACCUUAAUUAAAAGUGCACAUAAUCUUCCCGGAGAAUACAAUGAACAUACUAAAAAACAGAUGGAAACACGGAAACGCCUGGCGAAAAUUGUGCUGGUCUUUGUGGGCUGCUUUGUCUUCUGUUGGUUUCCAAAUCACAUUCUCUACAUGUAUAGGUCUUUCAAUUAUAAUGAGAUUGACCCAUCUCUAGGCCACAUGAUUGUCACCUUGGUUGCCAGGGUUCUGAGCUUUUGCAAUUCUUGUGUCAAUCCAUUUGCUCUUUAUCUACUCAGUGAAAGCUUCAGGAGGCAUUUCAAUAGCCAGCUCUGCUGUGGGAGGAAGUCCUAUGGAGAGAGAUCAACCAGCUACCUUCACAGCUCUUCUGCAGUGCCUAUGACAUCUCUGAAAAGCAGUGCUAAGAACAUGAUGACCAAUUCAGUUUUAUUAAAUGGGCACAGCAUGAAGCAGGAAAUGGCAUUGUGAUUUAGCCCUUCUACUUACAACUUACUACAUGGAAAGAAUUUACUCACCUUACUAUCUAUUGAGCAGAGCAGAAAGAAGCAAUUUCCUCAUUCUUACUAUUGCUUAGCUAAUUCAUCAGGUGAUUUCAUGAUUGACUCAGAAAAGGCAAGACAAACAGCUAGCAUUCUUCUCUGAACAGGAUUUUAAAUUACAUUGAAAAAUAUAUGUCUCACAUUAAAAGUCAUCCAAGAUGCCA